CAAAAACGUAAACAAUUCCAAAUCCACCGGCUUUGCCGCAAAAAUAGACAUCUUUUCAAUUAAAAUCCGCCCGAGAAGUGUUCAUCGUGAGGUUAUACCAUAUUUCUUGUGACCCUAGUAUACCAGAAUAGCCGGCAAAGUGGCGGACGUACCGAAAAUGAAGCUCAUCGACUCGGUCGUUAGGAGCUUCAAAGUGGCGAAGGUGUUCCGCGAGAACACGGACAAAAUCAAUGCGAUCGACUUUUCCGCCAACGGCGAAAUGUUGAUAUCUUGCAGCGAGGACGACCAAAUCGUGCUGUACGAUUGCGAGAAGGGUACGCAGAUACGGACGGUGAAUUCGAAAAAGUACGGCGUCGAUCUGAUACACUUUACGCACGCCAACAACACGGCAAUACACAGUUCGACCAAGGUGGACGACACGAUCCGGUACCUGAGUUUGCACGACAACAAAUACCUGCGGUACUUUCCCGGCCACACGAAGAAAGUGAUCUCGUUGAAUAUCUCUCCGGUGGAGGAUACUUUUCUGUCUGGUUCGCUGGACAAGACGCUCCGGUUAUGGGAUCUCCGUUCGCCCAACUGUCAGGGCGUGAUGCAGCUGAACGGCCGUCCGGUGGCGGCUUACGAUCCGGAAGGGUUAAUUUUUGCCGCUGGCGUUAAUUCGGAAAGUAUAAAGCUGUACGAUUUACGCUCGUUCGACAAGGGACCGUUUGUGACGUUUAAAUUGAACCAGGAGAAAGAAUGUGACUGGACGGGGUUAAAGUUUUCACGCGACGGGAAAACGAUUCUCAUCAGUACGAAUGGUUCCAUUAUUCGGUUAAUUGAUGCCUUUCAUGGAACACCGCUGCAAACGUUCACCGGGCAUCUAAACAAUAAGGGUAUUCCCAUCGAAGCCUCCUUUAGUCCGGACUCGCAAUUUAUCUUCUCCGGCAGUACGGACGGACGCGUGCACGUGUGGAACGCAGACACCGGGUACAAAAUAUGCGUCCUAAACGGUGACCAUCCCGGCCCAGUACAGUGUGUACAGUUUAAUCCGAAGUUUAUGAUGCUUGCGUCCGCCUGCACCAACAUGGCAUUCUGGUUGCCGACCGGGGAGGAAUAAACAAAAGCAAGUUUUAAAGCAGACAGCAGGAACACAGUUUUAUAACAAUAUGCAAUCAACAAUACAACCUCGAACAGGACAAUGUGAGAUAUUUGCGUCGAACAAUGAAAUCUUUAAACGAAGCGGUGCCCUUUAGUCAAAGGGCUCAGUCAGAUUCCAUUUGUGUUCGGGAGAGCUACACAUUAGCUCACGAUAUUGUAGAUGCAGUUCGGUUAAGAAUCAAUCUAAAUAAACUAAAUAUCAGUACGAAAACGUAAAUGAAUC